AUGGAGAAGUCCGACCCCGACUUCUUCCCCAAGUCAGCAAAGGGCCAGUCCCCCAAGAUUCUCUGGAUUGGAUGCGCCGACUCUCGUAUUCCCGAAUCGACCAUUCUGGGCCUGAAGCCUGGCGAGGUCUUCGUCCACCGCAACAUUGCCAACAUCAUCACACCCACCGACAUCAACUCGCUUUCCGUCAUUGAGUUCGCCGUUGCUCACCUCAAGGUCGAACACAUUCUCGUCUGCGGCCACACCAGCUGUGGUGGUGUCAAUGCCGCCCUUGGAAACACCAGACUUGGUCUUCUCGACGUUUGGCUGCAGCCCAUGCGCCAGUUGAGAAUGGAGCACACAGAAGAGCUGGAGAAGAUGGGAUCUCAGGCUGAGAAGACCCACAGACUCAGUCAGUUCAACAUUUUGCGCAGUCUCGACACUCUGAGAAUGAACCCUACCGUCAUCGACGCCAUGGCCGAGCGCAACUUGGAGCUGCACGGUGUCAUCUACCACGUCGAGAACGGCAAGCUUGAGGUUGUCGAGUCCACCGAGGAGGAGAACAGAUUGAAGAAGCGUCUUGCUGCCUUCACCACAAAGACUGCAUAA